AAGUAUUCCAUGAUAAAAGCUCUCCCGGAACAUUUGGAUCGACGGAUGGUUUUGCAUGUACGAUAUACUCGAUUGACAUAUUUGCUGAGACAACCACAACGAACGGCUUUGCAUUGUACUCCAAUAAACUUCACAUCAUAUAAUCUGCAAGAAAUUGUAUAGUCUGAAAUCGAAUCUCAUUGGAUAUAAAAGAAUCUAUUUUUUAACGAGUAAGUUAUGGUGUUUCCACGGUUUGUGUUUAGAUAAUAUAUACUGCAUUUCUAUCCCAUUUUCAUAAUUUUAUUUCCAAAUCUAUGUGUUAAAAAAAAUUCCAAAUCUAUUUUUUUAGCUAGAAAAUAACUCAAUGCGAUUACUUUUCUAAUUUCUUUGUUUCAAAAUGAUAUAAGUUUUAUAAUUUUCGCACAUUAAAAAUAAAUAUUAAAUAGCUAUUAUUAAUAUUUUUUGUAACUAAUUAUUUUCCAUAAUUUUUAGUAACCAAUAGAAUUUUAAUAAACAUAAUUAUAUUACUUCUUAAGUUUACAAUAUGUAUCAGUAAAUAACAUAUUGAAAAAAUGUAAGAAAAACAAAUUAAAACAAUUAACAAAUGAAGUAUUAAUUAACUAUUGGCAAGUGCUUUACAAAUUCGAUCGUUUCAUGGGUUGCGUUCUCUAUCAAAAGUUGCGUUUACUAUAAAAAUCAAUCACCGUUUUUUCUUGCUACUGAAAUUAAGAUUGUGUAUAACUUACUGAAAACAGAAAAUGUAGAAUAUAUAAACCAAAAGUUUUACGUCUCUCUCGUAGGUGAACAAGAACAAAAAACAACCAUUAACAGUGUAAAGACUUAAGUUCAAAAAAAAAAACAAUGUAAAGACUUGAGGAGACAGAUACUCUAUAAAACUCAUAAAAAGGUUGUUGAAGUCUAGAAAACAAGCUCAUGUGGCUUCAUUCCUUGUUUCAGUGAAAACCUUGCGCUGAGGUAAUACAUGUUAGUUGAUAGAUGUUUUUUAUUUCGACAAUAUACUUUCAUACGGUUAAUAAUAACAUCACUAUUCUUUGUAUGAUCAUAUCUGAUGAUUUAUAGUUGAUGUAUAGGUUACCAAUUCUUUUUCCUUUAGAAAACACUAGAAUAUAUUAAUAUCACUUUACUAGUCAAACAAAUACAUUACGUGGCAGUUGCAGAAACUAAAGUCAAAAAUCAGAUCAAGGGUUAGCGUUUGCUUCACCUCUAAGAGAACAAUGGAUGAUAUGUAUUUUGUUAUAGUAUUAUAGUUUGAGAAGCUUUACAUGAAGCUGAUGAGGAUUUCUCCACUUUAUUCACUUUUCCAUGUCAUUCUUUAACAAACACUGGUCGCCUAAAAGCUUUUCAAAAGACUAACGUUCAUGUGCACAUGCGCUAUAUAUAGAUCUUCAUCCGCAGAUAUGCAAAUAACCAAAGAUCCCAUUGUUCUAUUUCUAUCGACAAAUAUUGAUAUUCAAGAACCAAAACAUCAUAAGCACCAAUGGCAAUGACUAGUACUAGUAGCAGCACUUCGUUGUAUCCUCCGGCUCAACAACCGCAACAGCCAUUAGUAAGCAAUGAGAUUGAACCUACGGCGACAAAUGCUAAUCUGGUGGCCGCACCAAACGGUCCAAACCACUACUCGUCCGGAUCCAUUGGACCCUUCUUUGCAGUCAUCUCUGUUCUUGUCGUUCUUGCAGUUCUCUCCUGCUUCUUGGGCCGGAUAUGCGCACGGCGACGACGGCAGAGAAGUGGUGUAGUGGCUGAAGUAAAUCCGUUGGAGAUGAUAAAGAGUCGUGGGCCUUUAGGGUGGCUGAGAAGGAAAUGGACACGGUGCUUGACCGGAGACGUGGAGGCUGGAGCUAAAGUUACUGACUGCACCGGCAAAGAAACGCCUAAAGAUGGUGAUCAUAAUCGUCUAGAAGCUCCUCCAGCUUGAGCUUCGAUUCAAGAUAUGUAUUAUUGAGAGAGAAAAGUAAUAAACAUUUUUAGAAGCGUUUCAACUAGUAUGUAAGCAAAUUUUAUCAUAUGCGAAAUGUUGUUUCAGUU